CUGUCUUGUUCGUGACAGGGUAAUCGAGGCUAAAUCUUUUAAACAUGGUCACAAAACCGGUACCGUUUUAUUCGAAAGAAACGAUUAUGGAAAGCAAUGUUGGGCAAGCGAUGAAUUUACCAUUCUUAGUAGUCGGAGGAUGUUUCAGGAUAUUCUGCCCCAAGUGAAUGUCAUCGAUCCCCAGAAUGAUCAGUAUAUAGCGCAUCUCAUGGACUAUUUUCACAUAUGCCUCGAGAGCGUGCGGAGGCUGUCCGUGGGCAAAACGAAGCAUUUGAUGCUGAAAGCUUUGGCGGACACUCUGGGCGGUUACUUGCGGGUCCACAUCCUCCCCAUCACAAGGCACUCGUAUUACGCGGGUAACAUCAAGUAUCGUAACGCGAGGAUGCUGUUCGAGCUCUUCGACGAGCUGAAGGACUUCCUUCAGACCAACGGCGCCGGAUGGUCCAAGCCCAGCCAGGUCCUUACGAACGUCAGGAUCCCCCCCAUCGUAAUUACACCACCGAAAACGUCGGUCGCCUGUAAUGGGCUUAUUACGUAUUCGGCGUCUUCCGAACGUGACGGCGGUGACUACCGAAGCUUCACGUUCAGAAAGAAGAAACGGUCUACGAUGAAGCGGGGACAUUCGAGACGUGCGGUCGACGGUGAGAGCGAAGGAACGAGUUUAACUUUGAACGACACUUGUAUACUAUUUUACUGGGAAAUUUUACACUACGGUUUACUUUUAAUUUCAAGUGCUGCAUACGAGUACCAAUUAUCGCUGGACUUUUUCUUUUACCAAGCCUCAACGCGUCACUCUCUAUCUAGCAUCGCGCUGCCCUUCAAAACCGACAGCCUGCAAUCACUGUACGCGGAAAAAUCGGCAUUCACCCUCGUGAAGUACUACAUCGCCAGCGUCAAGUGCAUCACCUCGCGGUCCAGCGCGAAAGCGCGGCUGCGAAAGUUCAACAAGGACUUCUACGCCUGGUUGCAACAAUCUGUGCGUCGACACCUAGACGACGAGAAAUGGUAUCCGGCAUUCGGUGGUGUCCUCCGAGUACUGGCUACCUUGCGAGAAUCGGAUGUUGGCGACGAUAUCGUGAGGAGCAGAACGAGUGGUACUUAUCAAGUUAUGCCGAAAGUAGGUACGGAACGUGCGAGUCAGACGGACGGGAGUGCGCCGCCGCUUUACAAAGGAAAAGGAGAAAGUAGGUUGUUCCCUCGCGAGACAAUAAGGUUUUUUCGCCUUCGCAACUUGUGCCGAUUGAAUUCAGACGACGGCGCAACGGCACUCGGACCUACGGAGCUCGUGAUUAUAGUUUUGGUAUCCGUACUGGUGAUAUGGUUAUUGGUGGGCUUGAGCCUGGUGUGCUACAGAUUUCUCACCAAGCCCUCCGAGGGCUGCACACCCUGCGAAUCAAAGGCUACACCGUAAGUUAAGGCGUCACUCUCUCCCUCGAGUCUUUCUACUUCGUAUUACAUCCAGUUUUACUCCGAAUUAUGUCUAUGUUAAAUAUCUACUCUCUAAAAGUCAAUCAGUGCAUCAUCACUGAAAACAGUUACAAGUCCCACACUGAAAAUUUUAUUUAAGGGACUAGUUUAUUUAAAAUUGCGUUCAAGCUAUUUGUUAUUCAG